GUGACCUCCGGUUAUGUGGCGAAAGACCUAGAAAAACUUGUUAGAUUGGCGGUGUUGCACUCUCUCAGAGAACUAAUGGCCAUAGAUAAGAAACCAAUGAGGCAAGAUCAUGAUGAUAAUGAACUCGAGAAUCUUUUCGGAAAGAUGAGUUUAAGUGAUAUGGAUUAUGAAAGCAAAUGCUUAAAUUUCUAUAGAUCGUGGAAAUUGAAGUGGGAUAAUUUUCAGUACGCAUUAUCCAUAAUGAAACCCUCGCAAAAAGUUGAAUUUGAAAGUGUAUUGCCAAGUAGACGUUGGUGUGAUAUUAUGGUGUACUUUAGAUAUGAAGACCUAAAGAGGAAAAUAGAGAAAAUGGUCAAAUUACCUUUAACUCAUUCAGACACAUAUGCUAGAUUGGGACUGAAACCCACUUCAGGAUUAUUGCUUUAUGGUCCAUCUGGGUGCGGAAAAACUAUUUUAGUGCAAGCAUUGGUUUACGAAUCCAGGAUGAAUGUCAUUUGUGUUAAAGGACCAUCGAUAUGCUCAAAAUACUUUGGAGAAACUGAAAAUAUUAUCCGGAAUUUGUUUAAGACUGCAAGAAAAAUAUCACCAUGCAUUAUAUUUUUUGAUGAAAUAGACUCUAUCGCUUCUAGGCGAGAUUGGAACGAUGAAGAGGGUAAUGUAGGAGUGGGUGAGCGCGUGCUAAGCACUUUGUUAAAUGAAAUGGAUGGUAUACAAGAAUUGAAUGAUGUGCUGGUAAUUGGGUGUACUAAUCGACCAGAUCGAAUUGAUGAUGCCUUAGUAAGACCAGGUCGAAUUGAUCAAUCAUUAUACGUGGGACUACCAAAUAAGGAUGAACGAACUGAUAUAUUAAAG